ACCAUGAGAUUAAUCUAAUGGUCAAGAUUUGGAGAAGGAGAGACUUAGGGAAGGAGAGGAUGAAAUAGGGUUUUUUGACACCUCUAUCUAUGUGUGCGCAAUGGCGGGUGAUUCCAUUUGGCGCCAAAUUCCGCGUGUCCAUUUCCACUUGAUAGUGAUGCUGCCGAGAGAAACCUCUUAACUUGUACAAGAUUCUUCGAUUAGAUUUCAUGGCCACCCAAACUCUUCGUCAACCUAACUUCUCCGAGGAUGUAGCUUGGGUACCAAGUUGGCUUCAGAAUCUUAGAACAGAUGGAUUUAAUGAAUAUGUAAAGGAAUCUCAAGAUCCUUCAAACCAUGCAGAAAAGGAUCUGGCACCUUCUCCAGAAAAAGGUAUUAAUGUCAAAGACUUUAAUGUAUUAUCAAGGGAAGAAGGUGGAUACAAGAGUUGCCAUUUAUUCUUAUCUGGAGGUGAUAGUUCAUCUCUUAGUGUUGCUCCAUCUCCUGGAAAUGUGUUUCAGUUUAGUUUGCAUCUUUCUUCAGAUGUUGAUUCACUCUUUUGCCCAACCCAAGAUUUGUAUCAAUCUCAUCAUGCAGCUGCACCAAGUAAAGCUUUAACGUUGCAACCUGCUCAAACUUCCGUUGAUUUGAGAGAGAACAUGCAUUCCGUGAUGGGUGACCAUGCCUGUGAACAAGAUGUGAUGGCAGCAUACAUUCCAGAAACAACAAAAAAAGAUUCUUUAAAAUCUCCCGUUGAUACAAUUGGUUCUGUUAGACAACAGAAAGAAAAACCCAAAGUCGAAUGUUUCAAAAGUGAUGAUAUCAGCGUUGCAGUUGAACUUUCUAUUGCAGCAUCUGAGGCAUUGGUCAUUCAUGAUUUAGUGAAGACGGAGUCAGUAUCAGAAACAUUGAGUAGCGCUGUACUUGAAAUUGCACUUCGUGUGAAGCAGGCACGUCUUGAGGGGUCAGAAGAUGGCUUCCUUUCAUCAAGUGUGGAAUCUGACUGUAGUGAUUCUCUUUCUGAUUUAAAUGAUUUCCUUAUGGAAGAUGCCUAUGAAGAUAUAGGCUUAUCUGUUGGUGUUUUCUUUGAAGAAAAUGUUUGCAAGUCAGCUGAAUUUCAUGCAAAAGGUGUGUCCGGUGAUGAAAGUUAUAAUGGAGGAAGUAAUAAACAUGAUGAAAGAGAGAUUCCAUCUCAGCUUACCAAAUUUGAUGAUAAAUCUGAACAAAAGAAGUUAGAAGUUAACGUGGAAACGGAAGUGCAGCAAAAUACAGACUCGCCUCCACAUUCUUUAUGUGGUGAGAGGGUGAUGCAUUCUGAUGAUCCUGGUCUGGGUGCUAAUACUCCAAAACAUUUUGUGAACGAUUAUCCCACAGCUCAUCAAUACAAAGAGAAAAAUACCAACGAUUUAGCCCUCAACAAAACAGAUGGUUUGGCUAUGGCUGAUCUUACUUCAAUCAAGACACAAAAUAGUGUCAACUCUUCACCUUUUCAGGCUUCUGAAAAUUUCAAAGAAGAGAGAAAUGAGAACUGGGCAACUUACCUAGCUCCAGAAAGAUUUAGAAGCCGCUGGUUAGGGGGUUGGACAUGUAAGGAAUUAGAUUCAUCUUCAUUGAACCAGAACAAUGCAAAAAGGAUUCCAAAGUUUCAUGUCAAGGAGACAAGCUUUCUUUCAGAAUCUGCAGAUAUUGUUUCAAAUGAGAACUCAUGUCUACUGAAACAUGAUCCCAAGUGUGUCAGAGAGACAAGCUUUCUCACAGAAUCUGCAGAUAUUGUUCUAGAUGAGAGAUCACGUGUGCUGAAACAUGAUCCCAAGUGUGUCAGAGAGACGAGCUUUCUUACAGAAUCUGCAGAUAUUGUUCCAGAUGAGAGCUCAUGUGUGCUGAAGCAUGAUCCUAAGCGUGCCAUUAGUUCUCAGCUAAGUAUGCAUUGUGAAGGUUCACACAACAAACCUGAUGAGGGUGUGUUGCAUUCUCAAGAUAUGGUCGGAUGUUCUAGUCUAUCAUUGAUUGACCCCCUUUGUUCAGUUGUUCCAUGUAGCUUUGCUUCAGAACAUGACAAUUACGAAACUCAUAUUGGCAAAGAAAACGGUACCGAGUCUUUUCCCCCGUUAAUCUCUGACUUUGAGGUGGACAAUUGUGAAAAGAUCUCAGAUAAGAAUACUACAUUGGACUGUAGAGAUGAGAGAAUCAAAUCUACACUAGAUGGGAAAGAUACUCCAAUUACUGCAACAGAGAUGGUUGAACAAAUGUCUGACAAGUUAACCAGGGUCGAGCUUACUUCUCUUAAGACUUAUAGCAUGAUUUUACCAAACCAAGAUGUUAACCAAAACUGUAAUUUGACACCACAUCAAAGUAUUGGUGUUGCUGAUGCAUCUUUAGGCACAAGGGUUUCAGAGUCUCCCUCUGCAUCCAAGCAUGAAGAUGAAAACAGAAAUGAAGUGAAUCGUCGACAUUUGAUUGAUCAAAAGUCAAUUAUACAAAUAACUGAUGACAAGAGUGAUGAGUUAAAAGCCUCAGAACAGACACAAGAGAAGAGGUCACCUAUUAAUCUAAACCAUAGGACACGCCACCGCUUGCUGGGCCCUAAAACUGCUGUAAAUGUUAUCAGUAUAGAGAAAAAUAUAAACCAAUAUGGAGUACCGGAAACUUUUGUUCAGCAUCAAGAGAGCAAUACUCUUUGUAAGGUACAAGUUGAAUGCAAUAAAUUCCCUGAUGGACAUGUUAGAGUCAGAAAGCAAGUACAUUUCUCAGAUAAAGUGGAAGAGCUUCAUCAGAAAAGGAAAUUGUCAAAGUUGGAAUCUUCACAUAAAAGAGGUUCAUCUAUUAGAGCAAAAAGGCAACGGGUUUCUAAGUCAUUGACCACUUCUGCACCUCGUACAAAACAUUCUUUGACUUGCAGAAGUGCCGUGAGUGAAUUGAUAUUUCAAGGCAGAGAGUUCCUCCUCACUGGAUUAUCUAGUUACAAGGAAAGGGACCUGGAAGCACUUAUAAGGAAUUCUGGUGGGGUGAUUCUUUAUGAUAUUCCCUCUCCACCCAAUUCAAAGGGAAAAAGAAGUUCAACCUUAUCUUGCUCGCAGCUUCCUAUUAUUCUAUGUAAAAGAAAGCUGCAAAGCACUAAAUUCUUGUACGGUUGUGCUGUUGGUGCCUCAAUACUAAAAGUUGACUGGCUUACUGAUUGUCUUGCAUCUGGAACUAUUUUGCCACCUGAAAAAUACAUGAUUCUUCCAAAUCGAGAUGACAUGAAGUGGACCAGAAUCGGGAAGGCAAUUCAUCACAGAAACCAAAAUCAUAUAUUUGAAAGAGUAGGCAUUAUGCUUCAUGGGAAGCAUAGUUUUUGCACCAAAUUUGCAUGUAUCAUCAAGCAUGGAGGUGGACGGGCGUUCAAAACUCUUCAAUGGUUAGUUCGGAGCACCGAUGAAGAAAGGACUUUGAUGGGCGCCAUUGUAGUUGAAGAAAAGGCUACAAUAUCACGACACCUGAAGUCCUGUGCUUUGGAACGGGAUAUUCCUAUCAUGACUUCUAGCUGGAUAAUUAAAAGCUUAUAUUCAGGAAAUCUACUUCCAUUCACGGAAGAAAAGAAUAGCUUUUCACUGCCAUUUGUUCAAGUCCCUGAAGUUCCAAAUUCUUUUGAUAUGAGUGAAGAAAUAUAAUUUUUUAGCCAUUAAUUAAUGAUAACUAUGUAUUGUAAACAUUAUUUAUUUAGUUCACAUAACUGUAUGUUAUAUACUGUACUACUAGAUAUAGAUAUGUACAUUUUCAAAUUUCAACCAGACAAUUGAAAUAAUUUUUAUUUACAAUGUAUAAUAAUGAUAUUCAGUUCA